GGAUUGACAGCCAGACCAGUUUGCUCUGUUCAACUGUCCCACUGAGGAUCUAUUGAGGAGCCUGGAGAGGAGUGGCUAGACCAAGACCUCCCCUGAUGUGAGCAGGUGUCCUCCUCCCUGCACCACCCAUUGCCACCACGCCAGGGAACAUCCUCAAGCCCUGGCCCUCAGGGGAGAGGUACAAGGAGCCCGCAGCCGAGACCAUGUGACGGCGCUGGCCCUUGCCACCGCCGUCCCCCCCACCCUGGCCCCCGGCCUGGCACCAUGAUGUUCCGAGACCAGGUGGGCAUCCUUGCUGGCUGGUUCAAGGGCUGGAAUGAGUGUGAACAGACAGUGGCCCUGCUGUCACUUCUGAAGCGGGUCACCCGCACCCAGGCCCGCUUCCUACAGCUCUGCCUGGAGCACUCACUGGCGGACUGCAAUGACAUUCACCUGCUGGAGUCGGAGGCCAACAGUGCUGCCAUCGUCAGCCAGUGGCAGCAGGAGUCCAAAGAGAAGGUGGUGUCCCUCCUGCUGUCCCACCUACCCCUGCUUCAGCCAGGCAACACGGAGGCCAAGUCGGAGUACAUGAGGCUGCUGCAGAAAGUGCUGGCCUACUCGAUUGAGAGCAAUGCCUUCAUCGAGGAGAGCCGCCAGCUGCUCUCCUAUGCCCUCAUCCACCCGGCCACCACGCUGGAGGACCGCAAUGCGCUGGCCCUCUGGCUGAGUCACUUGGAAGAGCGGCUAGCUAGUGGCUUCCGCACCCGGCCUGAGCCCACCUACCACUCACGCCAGGGCUCGGAUGAGUGGGGUGGCCCUGCAGAGCUGGGCCCUGGGGAGGCAGGACCAGGCUGGCAGGACAAGCCACCCCGGGAAAAUGGACACGUGCCCUUCCACCCACCCAGCUCAGUGCCGCCAGCCAUCAACAGUAUUGGGAGCAACGCAAACGCAGGUCUCCCCUGCCAAAUCCACCCCAGCCCGCUGAAGCGCUCCAUGUCGCUCAUCCCCACGAGCCCCCAGGCCCCUGGUGAGUGGCCGAGUCCAGAGGAGCUUGGGGCCCGGGCUGCUUUCACCACGCCCGACCACGCACCCCUCUCGCCCCAGAGCAGCGUGGCCUCCUCUGGCAGCGAGCAGACGGAGGAGCAGGGCUCCAGCCGGAACACUUUUCAGGAGGACGGCAGUGGCAUGAAAGAUGUGCCCUCGUGGCUUAAGAGCCUCCGCUUGCACAAGUACGCGGCCCUCUUCUCACAGAUGAGCUAUGAGGAGAUGAUGACACUGACUGAACAGCACUUGGAGUCUCAGAAUGUCACCAAAGGUGCCCGCCACAAGAUAGCCCUGAGCAUCCAGAAGCUGCGCGAGAGGCAGAGUGUCCUCAAAUCCCUGGAGAAGGAUGUGCUGGAAGGCGGGAAUCUGCGAAACGCUCUGCAGGAGCUGCAGCAGAUCAUCAUCACCCCCAUCAAGGCCUACAGUGUCCUCCAGGCCACUGUGGCUGCCGCCACCGCCACCACCUCUACUGCCAAGGACGGGGGCCGGGGGGAGCCGCCGCUGCCAGGUGCAGAGCCUCCCCUGGCUCACCCUGGCAAAGACAAGGGCAGUGAGGCCAAGGACCCUCCAGCUGCAGAGGGCUACCCCCCUCCACCAGCUCCAGCUCCCACUGACGGCAGUGAGCCAGCCCCGGCUCCCGUUGCUGAUGGAGACAUCCCCAGUCAGUUUACACGGGUGAUGGGCAAAGUGUGCACCCAGCUGCUGGUGUCCCGACCAGACGAGGAGAACAUCACCAGUUACCUCCAGCUCAUCGAAAAGUGCCUGACUCAUGAGGCUUUCACGGAAACACAGAAGAAACGGCUGUUGUCCUGGAAACAGCAAGUGCUGAAGCUCCUCCGGACCUUCCCGCGCAAAGCCGCACUAGAGAUGCAGAACUACCGGCAGCAGAAAGGAACCUGUGGUUUGCCAACCCUGGAGGCAGCAACAGCAUGCCCAGCCAGAGCCGCAGCUCUGUGCAGCGGACCCACUCGCUGCCGGUCCACUCGUCCCCCCAGGCCAUUCUCAUGUUCCCUCCAGACUGCCCGGUACCUGGGCCUGACCUGGAGAUCAAUCCCACUCUGGAGUCUCUGUGUCUGAGCAUGACAGAACACGCCUUGGGUGGUGAGCAUUUCCUCUUUCCCUGACCCAGCUCCCACCUACCCACCAGCGUCUCCACCUCUGAACUGAGCAACUCAGAGUCAUCCUGAGGGGUCCCCAGGGGAGGCCGGACUCCAGGGAGGGCCUGACUGGGAUGACAGGCUACCUGAGCACCUUUUCUUGGGCCUCCCGCCAGCUCCUGACCUUCCUCCCUUCCUCCCUUUCUUACCACAGAUGGGACAGACAAAACCUCCACCAUCUGACGGGACCCACAGCCCAGCGCACCCAUAGGCUCCCCGGGCGGCGGGCGGGGGCCAAACCCCCAACGGGCUUCUCCGCGACAGCGAGAGGGUGGGCUGGCUCAGCUAUACAUUCUAAUAUUUUUCUACUCUCUCACCCUUUUAACUUUUGUUUAACAUUGGCACACGCCUUGCUCACUCCCAGGCCCGUCGAGGGAUCUCUGCUGAGGCCCAGGGAGGUAGGGGGUAGCCAGGAUAAAGGGGGCAGGGACUGGCCAGCCUGCCUGCCCCCUCCUUCCCUCCUUCAUCUCCUACCUGGCCCCAUCCCACCCCUUCCUCCUCCAGACUGCCGGCCACCUGCCCCUCCCAAGGAAACAGUCUCCCCCAGAGACUCACUGACCCACUGUCUUGUGGGACCUGCUCAGAACCAUCUGACAUUUGGGGAGAGAUGAGUGAGGUAGAUAAUCUGCUCUCCUGAACGUUAUUUGAGAGGAGCUGAGGAGAUAAAGGCCGGUGAGGAGAGGAGCGUGUCUGUCUUCCCGCGCUCUCUGUCUCUCUCUCUCCCUCCCCCCUCCCCCCUCACCUCCUUGCCGCCUUCUUCUCCUUCCCCAUUCCCAUCAUUCCCCAAGGACAGGAGCCACUCUCCUCUCACUCACCUCCUUUUGCCCUGUUUAUCAGAGGUUCUCUGCAAUUAAUUUCUUAGGCCUAUUUAAGAUACAUAUUUAUAUAGUUCUUAACGGUUUUUCUCUCUGAUCAUUCCCUCUCAUUUUUAGAAUCCCCAGGCCUCUCUCUGAGCCAAGAAAGUGGCAGGGGGGAGCCUGAAUUUUACGAGGGGAGAGGGCAGAG